AUGUUUUCACACCACCUCAUCACAUCUUUACUCCACAAACACCAUUAUACCACAGGAGGAAUGGUCAUUCGUAGAGAGAGUGAGGAAGAGAAAACAAGAACAAUAACAAAAGAUGUCUUCCAACCAAUCAAUGUCUUCGUGAUCUUUCGUGACCUGCACCACUUCACAAGACAUCUACGCCCUUUGGGGGCAGUGUUCACACGUGGAAGGAAUGUGCCACGAUCCGGUAACCGACAACACUUUUUCACUGUCAAACAAAUCCACCGAAAAACUGAAUCCUCAUCCAUAUCCAUACUCCUAUUUGAUUAUCUACCCUAUAAAAGCAAGCCUGACAAUUCCUUCCCCUUACAUCAAACCAUUAAGACAAUGGCAGACAUAGCGAUGUUAAUGGCGGAAGCAUACGAGAAGAUGAUGAAGAAGAUGUCAAGUGAUCAUGAAGAUCUUGAGUUGCUUUCUUCAUCAACAGUGGUGUCCGGAGUGUGGAUGAAGAGGCCUCGUCUGAACAAGUUGGUUCACGAGCCUAAAUCUAAGAUCGGGCUUGCAACCAUUAAUGGUUUCUUUUCAGCUUGA